AAGAGUAGGGAUUUUACUUUCGUUUUCUUCGCGCUUGGUCUGUCGUUCCUCUCGUUCUUGUGACAAGUUUUUUGAAUCAAAAGGUUUUUGUAAGAAUCGACUAAGACGAAACCAUGAAGACGCUCAUCUGUGCGGUUCUCUUCUGCGUCCUUGGGACUUUAAUUGCCAAAGAUUCUCCACCCAAGGUUCAGGUGUACAGCCGUAACCCAGGAGACUUUGAUAAGGACAACACCCUGAUCUGCCAUGUAAGCGGCUUCCACCCUCCUGACAUUACCAUCGAGCUCCUGAAGAACGGCGUACUAAUGGACAAUGCCAAUCAGACUGACCUGGCCUUCGAGGACAACUGGCACUUCUUCCUGACCAAGAGUGCACCCUUCACUCCAAAGCGUGGUGAGGAAUAUAGGUGCAAGGUCACUCACCUGGGAAGUCCCAAGUUUUACUCAUGGGAGCCAGAUAUGUAAAUCUUUGGUGUGCCUUGCUGCAGGUCUGGUCAAGCCCCUGGAAGAUCUUAUGUGAACCUGCUAUCCAUAAUAUUGGUUCUCUUGGGAAUGCUUAAAAUGCCAUAAUGUGACAGGAAAGGUUGAAGCACAGAAUGUGAACUGGAGCAGGUCAUUCCUGUUUAAAUCAACACAACAUGAUAGUUGGAGUGAUGGCCAAUUUUUUCCCCUACUGUUUCCAUUUGCGAAGAGCUGAGGUCAUUGCACUGGGCCAACUUCUGUAAUCCACUUGGUAGUAAAUAUUAAUGCUGAUUACUACUUUUAACAAGCAGACAUAUAGUCUCAGUUCUAAAGUUAGUGUGACACACUUUACGGCCCUACUGACAUGCAUUGUCACCACAGCAACUAACCACAAUCACCAUUUUAUGCUGCAAUAACCAAAUGAUCACGGCAAACAGUUCAGCGACUGUUCUGCUCCAUUCAGGUUCUGUGGGCUGGAGAUGCUUGUUCUUUUCAUGCAAUUCUUAUAUUGAGGUUAGGCAAUUUCUUUUUUCCCCUCUUAUAUUGAUUAUUGGAAUUGUGUGCAUUCUUUGUGUUUCGCUUGUCUUUAAAGACUAAAUAGACCAUUGACCUAUACUAAGGAAAGUAGAAUGUGGUAUAUUUUUUUGUGUGAAAUGUUAAAUUACAGCCACUUCUAUAUUCUUGUCCUUGAAGUAUUUUGUGCACUUUGUUUGAAUUAUCAUCUAGAAAUUGUUUAGCCUUGUGGUUGCUGGGUGGGGAUUUGUAAGAAAUUAUUUGGUUCCUCUAGACAUGCAGUGCCAGUGUUGAUCCUUAAGAUGGCGCUAGUAGACAGGCUCAGUUUGACUGAUGCAUUUGGGGGUUAAUCUUUCUGAUUGAUAUGCUGCAUCUGUUUCUCUUUCUUCAGUUUAUUUUCUUGCUGAAACUAUUGAGCUGAUGUUUAUUACAACUCUGUGUUGUAUAUUGGACAAACCUAAAAAAUAUCAGUGACAUCUCUCAAAUUUUAUACACGCCUAAAGUAAUAAAAAUGUUUCACAACCAUUGAGGUCAUCUGUGUUUG